AUGGGUUCUUCGUCUUCGUUCUGGAGCUUAGCUUUUCGACAAGGUAUGCGAAGCGGUGCGUUUCUCGGGGAAAUCUACUGUUUCCUCCAUGUAACCACCAACUAUGUCGGCUUCGUUGGUUAUGCUUUUGGUCCGAGCAUGAAUCCGACGCUUCAUCCUUCGGGUAAUUUUGUAUUAGCAGAGAGAAUCUCGAACCGGUCUCAGAAACCGAUUCGUGGAGACAUAGUUGUGUUUCGAUCUCCAGAAAAUCCUACAAAGACUCCGAUGAAGAGGGUAAUUGGAAUUGAAGGAGAUUGUAUAAGUUUUGUGAUUGAUCCUGAGAAGAAUGAUAAAUCACAAACCAUUGUGGUGCCUAAAGGACAUGUUUGGGUUCAAGGUGACUAUACUCAUAACUCAAGAGACUCGAGAACCUUUGGUCCUAUACCUUACAGUCUUAUUCAAGGCAGAGUGCUUUGGAGGGUUUGGCCAUUUCAAGAUUUUGGACCGCUUGGACCAACCCCAACUUAA